AUGUCCAUUAGUGGUCACAAGAUAUAUGGUCCUCAGGGAAUUGGUGCUCUCUACGUACGUCGUCGACCCAGGGUUCGAUUAGAAGCUCAGCAAAGUGGAGGUGGACAGGAACGUGGGUUAAGAUCUGGUACUCUUCCUACGGCCUUAGUUGUUGGCUUAGGUGAAGCAAGCCGUUUGGCCAGCGAGGAAAUGAAAUGUUAUUCAUUUUGUUUCUUUUAUUAGGCUGAGAUCUUGCUUUUCAAUAUCAGUUUUUCCAAUACCUUUUAAAGGUUUCUGUCACUCAGUUAAUUUAUCAUGAUUAACGUAAGUCACCCUAGUAUUGGUGAUACGAUUUCAUGUAAUUCUACCUAACACUAACACUGAGAUACUUUUGUAAAUGACUUCCGAAGUAUUAAUGAGAUUUUCAGACACCCCUCUUUAAGAUAGCUCCCAACCACGGCCGUGUCCAACUAUUCAAGACCAGUCAUGUCAUCCGGAAACAGUGAUUGUCAGCUUGAAAUAUCCAAAGAGGUUAAGGGUUUGAUGGAGUGUGAAAAGUGUUCAAUAAACCCACAACCUGAACAAAAACCAGUCCAUUUCCUGUGAAUCGGUUUUUGUUGCGUCCAGUACACUUGGAAGUGCAAUAAUAGACACAAUUUCGGACUCAUCUAUCAAAAAGCUUACUUUAGUGUCUAUCACCUUUAUUUUCUAAGCUGUUUUUUGGAAAUGUACACGAUAGUCGUCUCACUUCAGAAUAACCUAAUACAGUUUGCCAUAUCUUCUAAAUUAUCUGAAUGCUAUUUAAAUCAUAUGUUUUUGGGGGAUUUUAGUAGUUGAUGUUCCUUCCAAACUUUCGAUUCGUUAUAGAUAUCGAAAUUCACUGGAUAGUGAGCACAUGGAUAGAUUGAUCAAAAUUCGUCAUAACAUAGGACAUUUAAGAUGUCUUUUAAAUUGUUUCAUUUUGCUCUGUGUAGAUUUUCAAAGAAUGGUAGUUAGAGUGUUAUUAAUUUCGUAUUUUUUACUGACAUGAUUCUUUCCGCUAGUGGAUGAGAAUUGUGUUAUAUUCUUACAAUAAAUAGAUACAACUUUUUUAACAUCAAUUUUUUGGCCGUUGCGAAGUCUCCACCACUGUUUUUAGGAGAAUUUAAGUGUUUGACUAUCGAAACUAAUGUGA